AUGAUCACACGGAGUACCAAACGGCUAUCCCUGUUCCUUAGUCCCACUCCCACCCAUGGGAUCGCACCCAGAGUCAAGAGUCCCGCGAACCCGACUGUGGCGGUCAUUUCCAAUCUCAGAACCGGCUCGUUGUUGACGAUAUUCUCGACUCCACAAUUCCCGCGUCACAUAGGUUCACCACCUUCAGCGUCGAACAUCAACGUUGCUGGCCUUUGGUCGAGGCUGACUUGCCUGUUUCGUCAUAUCCAGUGGAUCCUCGUCCGUCACUUUACCAGCAUCCUUUUCCGGCGUUUCAAUCCCUCUCAAUUCCUCGGUGUGCUCCAAGCACUCGUUCCUCGGCUCUUGAUCACGAUGGCGGGAUUUGACGAGCAUCGUGCAUGUCUGACCGAUCGCAAAGUCUACGAUGGCCUUAUUCAGCGGUAUAUCAAGGUGUCCGAUGAUGGGCACCAGAUGGAGGACGUUGCCAUCAAAGUCAUCAAGGCAGUCGGUCCUAGGCAUUCCAUUCAGAGGAGACGUCGUCGCGAGGUCACGAUUGGAAAGAUUCUCCAACAUCCGAACGUCCUACCGGUACAUGGUAUCGUGGAAGAUCGAAUGUUCGGGCCAUUCGGGGCCAUUGUUACGCCAGUGAGUGAAUCCUCUAACAGAAAGUUCUUAUUGAGUAUCCACAGGUGUCUAAACGGCAAUGCUGCGCAAUAUCUUCACAAGCACGCCCUUCACCACUGGAAAGAUACCGUCUAUGGCAAGGCGUGGUCGGUGGUCUUGUUUACUUACUCUCAUUCGCCGCAAAUCGUUCAUGGAGACAUGAAACCCGUAGGCCGCCUCACAUUUUGCAUCUCACGAUCUGAUUCCAUGCUCCUCCAAUGUUCUUAUCGCUGCCGAUGGACGGCCAAUGAUCUGCGACCUUGGACUGGUUCGAGUUGUGGUCGACGACCUUCUUCGUCUUCUUCUGGCGAUGGGUACAGCAGUGACGAAAGUCGGGAAUGGAUGCGUGAGAUCAACCACGACUCCGCAUACGGUUCAUCUACUCGGUUGUCACCCUACGCUCAUCGUGAGGAUAAUCGACGGGGUCAAAUUUUUCAUGACAUUCGCUGCGGGUGCCACCUGCCGUCGACCACGCAUCACAACGACCACGGAUUCUCCUCGUCCGACAUAUUACCCUCGGUCGAUGGUAUCGACGCCUUGUGGAAUAUCCUCGAGUUGUGCUGGAGUCGCGAUCCUCUUCAUCGUCCGACCGCAUCUUCCCUGUACGAGUGGUUGGACACUGCCGAAAACCUUAUAGUUGAUGCGCUUCAGCAAGCGCCUGACUACCCAACUACUCAAUUUCUUGACGCCAUUCGCCGCCGUCGCCACCAUCACAAGGCUCAUUCCGCUGCCAUUCUCUCAGUCAUCCUCCAAAACCUCGCUCGAAGGACCCAGGAUAAUCUCGAUUUUAAUUUAUGA